CAGCAGCACAGUUCGGGUUUUGCCUUCGUCGUGGCCACACGUCGUCCUCGUCCAGUGUCCAGUGUCAGUGUUGUAGUCAGCCGAGCGAGAGGUGCACCCCAGUGAUUGUGAUCGGGUUGCCCCUUUCGCCUUCGCGCCCCCCACCACAAAAACCGCGCCCGCGUCUCUCCGAGCGCCUGUGCGUAUGUGCUAUCCGUUCUUUCGAUGAGUGUGCGUGAGUGCUCCCCCAAAACGCUAUCAAUUGAUUGCUAUGCGUUAGUUUUUCGAUCGGAUUGGGAGUUGAGAGUCGCACGUUCUUCUGUUCGAUAGGCCCAAAAGUUCCCCCAGGUAGAAAGAAAGUGUGUGCAAUUUGUUUGAAAAUGGUGCAAAAAGUGGCAAUCGCGGUGCCAAAGAUGGCAACUUGCAAACGGGGAAUCGUGCUGGGGAAGUGAAUUUGGGGUUUCGUACAAAUAAGGAUUGAAUAAUCUUUUCGGGAAUCGACAGAGGGAUUGAGGGUGAAAAAAUGCCAUCGAAAAGCGAAAAACGGAGAUGGGCAGCAUACAAUUUUAAAAAUAGUUCUAAGUGAAAUGAAGGAAAAUACACGAAGAUACCGUUGAAACGCAAAGGAAGAACCGUACUCACCAAUUGUGUGCGUGCGAAGAAAAAAAAACAAAACCUGCCAUCACCAGUGUGUGAAAAUUUAGAGAAAACAAAAAUCAAAAGUGACAACAAUUGUAUCCAUUAGAGAGACACAUAGAAAAAACGACAAACAAAGCCAUACUCCGUUGUAGAUUCAGCUUCGCCGUCGUCUUCGUCGAAAGAAUCCGAACCACCACUCAAGUGAGCGGCCGAGUGGUUUUCUGUGACUGAGAUCCAAGCUGCAGGCAACUCAGCGCGCGUUCGCUUCCUCACGAGGAGCGAGUGCCCCAAAUGGGUGGAAAAUCGUCGAUUUCGUCGUCGGUGCUGUUGUUACGUAAUGCUGCCUGCGAAUACGCUCGUAGUCCGGUUCGGUCAAUGGAACGCCACGACGACGAAGAAGAUUGUGACGGGGCUUGAAGAUGCCAUCGCUUCUUCCCGCGUGCUAAAUUCAUGAAUUACGGUUCAAGCAGCAGGGAUCACGCAUAUUUAUCCCCCUUAUCUGUAGUGAAAUCGUGGAAGUUCGCCCCGAACCAUUCCCCGCAGUGAUCCUGUGACUCUGUGAAGAAAAAAAGAGGUUGUGCAGGUGCUGGUUCUGCGUGCACGGUUGCGGUGAACAGUGAUUUGUUUUCGUGCUUCAACCUCAACCUUGACGAAGUCGGUUGGGGUUGUUUCUAGUGAAAAGAAGAAGAUUUCAGUGGUGUGACACGGAGAUAGAGAGAGAAAAAGCGAGGCGCGUUCGAGUUCGUGUUGUGGAUUGGACAUCGCAAAGAAACCCGUACAAGCUGGCUGCACUCGCCGAUUACUUUGGAGAUAUUUUCCUUUCAUUAACCAAUAAGAAAAAUACCGCUAGCAAGCAAAAGAAAAGCAAGAAAAGCAAACGCCACUCCUCGCAGAACAUGAGUUCAGGCAGUUCCGCACAAGUCGCCGUCGUAUUACCGAACAAUAAUAAUAACAAUAGCAUCAACAGCAGCGGCAACAAAGCACCAUCCGUCUCCACCGUUGCAGGCACCGGUAUUGGCACUGACAGUAGUGCUUCAGUAGUCACAGCACCACCACCUCAAUCAUCAUCAUCAUCAUCUGCACCGAGCACUUCCACCAACACCAACAGCAAAUCAUCCAGCUGGCAACCCUGUCCGUCGUCGCCAUCGGAAACCUACCACAGUAAUACUAACAACAACAACCACCAUCACCAGAGCAACAACAACGUUGGUUGUAGUAAUAUGGCAACCGUAGCGACGGCAACAGCGGCAACGACGUCGACAGUAAGUUCGGUUAUUGCGUCACCGGCGUCGUCUAGUAGUACAAAUGCACAGAAGGAGCUUACAUCGACGUCGUUGUCGUCGAUGGCGGAGGAUCUCUCGGGCCAAGUGACGACAGCAGCGGCACCCACUUCGACAGCACCCUCAGCUGAUCCAGCCAAUCGACCGACCAGCCUCGGCGGCAGACAACGGACUCUUGGCGGAAAAGGCAAGCAUUUAACCCGAAGUCACGCCAUGCGUGAGUCAACCUCUCCUCCCCGAACGCCCACACCGCGAUCACCCUCAGAUCAGCUGAACAACAACAACAACAGUAAUGGCUCUCCGAGUCAGCAGCAAAACAUGCUCCCCAUCAACGUGACUUCGUCCGAGCCACCGUGCAUCAGUAGCAGCAACUCGCACUCACCAGUUUCCGAAUCUCGACUGUUCAACAACAACAACAAUGACUACGGCAACAAACAGACUUGUAGCAAUUCGCCAAAUAUCGUUGUCUACGGGGGCGACGAACGGGGCGGCAAAAGCCAGUUGGAUCUAGACUUUCCCAAGCUAACGCCCCCCAAGUCGUCCUUUGGACCCAAUGGCAACGGCAAGAAUAGCAAUGGUAGGACUAGCAACAAUAGUACCAGUAGUAACUCUAAGAGUGAAUCAGACAAACAAGACCAUCAACCAGGGCAGGGCGCCAAAGGCAAGAAUGCCGAACUGGUAGACCAGAAGGAACUGAAACAACAGACCGGGCCACUGAUGCUGGACUGCGGGGAUCAGUCGGUCAAGUCCGGUCUGGCCGUUUCGUCGCCUGCCAUCAUCCCCAACAAUACGUCAUCAUCGUCGCCAGUAUCAUCAAAUAAUAACUAUUGUGAUAAUGAGAAUCGUAAUUUACGUGAGGUUAAUUUUAGUGCUAAUAAUAAUGAUUCUAACAAUCAGAUUAAUAUACAAUUUUCACAUGAGGAAAAUCGAUAUAUACAAUGUGAAAGUCCUACUGAUAGCCUUAUAAGAAAUAAUAGUAGCUCUAAUGGUAAUCUUAAUAGUAGCGCCCAUAACAAUAAGAAGCACCGCGUUGCAGGAGGAAACGGUGGCGGUGGUGGAGCUGGAGGAGGGGGAGGAGGAGGUGGGAAUGGAAUUCCCGUCACCGGCAAAGGCAAUAAGCCGCGGCUUAAAAAUAUGAGCGGUGGAUCGUCAUCGAGUAUGGAUGGCGGUGGUUCAAUCGGCGGUAGUUGCGGGGGAGGUGGAGGAUCUACGAGCUUUCUUUCACGGGACAACUCGUGCGAGCAGUUUACCGACCAGAGUGGCGUAAACCUGAUACAGUUCUUCAAGGAGACGCUCAACAAAAACUUCAAGGACCGCAAUAUGUUGAUGAAGAUCGAGAAGGAACUGCUGGCCCUGGCUAUGGAUCGCACCCGCAGCCAGAUCAAGUUCCCGCCAAUGUCUUCCUACAACCGGAUGUUGAUCCACCGGGUGGCGGCGUACUUCGGCAUGGAGCACAACGUGGAUGCCACCCAGCAGAGUGUGAUUGCCGAGGUCACUUCGGCUACGCGGAUACCGGAAAUCCGGUUCAAGACGCUGAUCAACGAGAGCUUCUCCGAGGAACCACGCAAGUCGAUACUGAAGCGAGACACGCACAGCUUCGACGAGUAUCGGUACGGGAUGUUGCACUGUCCCGAUCGGGGCAUACUGGACAGGAAGGCGAAGAGCUUCGAGGAACGGGAGGAGGAGUACGAUAAGGUCAAGAGGAGGAUCUUCAAGAAUCGCGAGGUGCGUAUUUCGACAUUUAUGGAUGGCAGCUCCGAAGAACACUGGCAGUGGAUGUCAACUGAUAAUCCCGAGCCGCCAAACGGUCGACCUAAGCUUCAGAACAAUCGCCUGCUUAAAGUACAAUCAGUGUCAAUUGAAGGGCGAUCGGACGAGCGACCGUGUGUAUCGAAAUCGCACAGUUUCGGAGGCUACGGAGGCUCGUCGCAAAAUGCGCCGCUUCUGCGAGGCGACUCCAUCACGUCCACCAAGAGUGCCAGCGGACGCCUGUUCACCAAGCAGGACUCCAACGCUAGUACAAACACUCCCUGGCGAUUGUCCCCGUCCAGCAGUGGGUCGUACUUUACUUUCAGCUACAAAACCCAAUCGAUUCGAUCCGACUCGGUAACCCCGUCGCCAACCGGAUAUGGUAGUGGUGAUCACACUCCGGAACCAUGUAUCCAAUCGCCCUCCUCGUCCUGCGGCGUAGUUUGGGCGGUCACAGACAUGGCGAGCGUCCCGAAGGGAAGUGUGCUGAUUGAUCCUCAGACGCUGCAGCCGAUUGUCAAUCAAGAUGGCUCGAUCUACCACUUCGAUCCAUCGAACCUGCCGGCCACGGCGAAUCUCCCGGGCAGCGUUCCCAGGGUGCAGAAGAAGAAGUUCGAAAAGCAGAAGUCCUUCAGCAGCCGGAACAAUCUCAACAGUAGCAGCUCGCUCGAAUGUUCGAUCGAUCUUCCGCUGGGCAACAAAAAUGACUGCGGUCAGCAGACCAUAACCAACGCCACUACCACCAUUGCCGAGGAGGUCGGCAGUGACCUGAUCUACGAUGGCUCUACGAGUACGAUUAAGAUUACCACGAGGGAUAAUCAUGAUAUUGACGAAAAUUCUAGUCUAUGCGAGGAAAUCUCACAAACUACCAAUGAGCUUGGUACACUCAAGCUGCAGAAACACCAAGCUACCAGUCCAAUGCUGCAGGCCAGCGAACUGCAGCCCUUGGAGCUGAAUGAGAUUCAGCUCAACGCCAACCAUGAGCAUGACCAUGGUACCCUUUCGGAAGCCGUUACACCGUUGCUAACCGAUCCUGAAACAGGCGGCGGCGGAACUCUCAUGGUAGCGGUCAACAGUGAUACUAGUAGUGUCAAACACGAUAACCAACCGGAGCAUCAACAGCAUGGCUUGGCCAGCGACGAUGCCAACGAUGCCAACAGCGAGCACUCCCAAGAGGCGGACAAAAAAGACGAAACGGGCGGCGGCAAGAUGAACGCGGUACAGACAGUUCCUUUGGUAAGUUACUCCAACUCGGCGACACCCAACAGUGCGUACACGAUCAACUACGAAAACGGCGGCGGAACUCCAGGCGGGGCCGGGACUGCCGUUUACGCUUCCGGUGCUCCAGGAUUGUCGACGACAUAUCAGACAGGGCCGGACGGCACUAUCUACGCUGUACCUUCACCACUAGUUUAUACAUAUCCUUCGGCGAUGGAUCCGGAAAUGUCCGGAUAUUUUGUUCCUGUCUACGACCAGCAGCGUGAUCCGAACAUGUGCACUGCUGCGGGUACACCAGUCUACCAAGCAGCGGCAGCCGCUGCCGGGGCGGCCUCUACAGUAUUACCCAUAGCGUACACUCCAACGGCGGCUUACAGCGGUGCUCCUCUCUACCAGAAUCCGACGGCGGUCAUGUACUCUUCGGAGCAGUUCCCAACUUCGGCGCAAGCAACGGCCGCUGCCGCAGCUACAGCCGGUCCUCUUCCGCAAUAUCCAAUCGGGUAUCCGAUUAGCAUUGGCUAUCCCUUCAAUAGUACAGCUUACCAAAACUACUGGAAUCAACCGAUCACAUAUUAUCAUCUUCCCCAAACACCGGUACCAUCCGCGGGAAGCACUCCGAUCAUAAUGCCACCUCCGCAGACUCCCACGAAUAGCAGCAUGAUGUCAGCGACUUCCAUGCAUGGCAAACGAAACACGACACCCCCUAACCACGGCCAACAGUCGCAAAAUCAAGGGCAAAGCGCAUCCGUAACACCGGUACCGAUUUCGCCGUUUACUACCAACAUACCGAUGCAAUUGCCGGAUCCUAGCGCCGGCCCCAUGUACGCAAUUCCUCAACCUAUCUACUCUAAUAUGCUUCCAUUUGCUGGUCCUAUGACUCCGCAUCCUCAUCAUCCGUCUGCUGGUGCGGGUGGCGGCGGAACAAUCGUAAACUCAGUACUUCCCACUGCCACUGCAGCUGCUGCCAUCAGUUACCAUCCACAUCCACAUUCACAGUCCAAUCAGGGCAAUCUGGACUCGCUACCCUCCAGCAAUGGGUCGGCCAGCAACAUCUACUCAAACACUAGUCAGAACAACAAUGCCCAAACGCCUCAAUCCACGCCAAGCACGCCACUCUCAUUGCCGCUCUCGUUACCUCCCCAUGGCAAGAAUCCACCCCUCUUUGCCACUCCUCCUAUUCUUCCCAAUGGCUACAACCCUCAAAUGGGCUCCGCUUCGGGUAGCGGAAGUGGUGCUGCUGGUCAUCACCACUACAACCCUAGCCAUUCGUACGAAGACCGUAAAAGCAGUGGAUCCAGCGGUGGCUACCAGGGAAAGCGAUCAAAUCCCAACAGCGGCAACUACUUCAACUAUAGCAACAAUAACAGCAGCCGCCAGAUGACUCCCAACAGUGUUGGCGGCGGAAGUGGCAGCAACUAUCAGAACCAAGGCAAUUCCGGAACCAAUGGCCCCAAGAGCUACGUAAACUCGAACAAUACAGGGAACAAUCAAAAUUCUAACAACGGCGGCAAUGGCACCGGACCACUCAUGCUAGGACAACCCCCGAAGGGUCGAUCUGAAGGCCAGACAACCGUGACCAAGCCACCACUGAUACCAACAUUACCAAACAACAAUAAUAAUAGCACUAGCAGUAAUACCAACCCUAGCGAUAAGACACGCAUCAACCGUUCAUCAAAGCCACCAAAUCUAGACUUAAAGCGAAGCUACAACAAUUUUAACGUAAACAGUAGAAAUACGCCGAGCACAAACUCAACGGAAAGUAACAACUCACCAAACAGUAUUACAUCGUCAUCGGUGCACGAGCAUCACCAGCAGCAGCUGCCACAUCCGCACCAUCACCACCAUCCGCAGUCGCAUCACCCAUUCGCCCACAGUAGUAGCGGUGGAAGCGGAGGAUCAAACCCGUCGCACCAUCCGUACUACCAGUCGCAGCAGCAGCAACAUCAACCGCAGCAGCAGACCUACUACCACCACAGCCAGCGCGGUGGUAGCGUUGGUAGUAAUAGCGGAGGCUCCAGUGCUACGGCCGGAGGGGCAGCAGCUGGCCACGCCAUGCCGUCGAGUGCCAUUCAGUCGGCGGCGGCCGUCGCUGCGGCUGCAUGUGCCGCUGCGGCCAUCGAGCCGUACCACUCGCAGCUGAUUCCACUGAAUGCCGCCGGGAUGUCCUACGUCAAAAUCGGGCAGACCUACUUUACGCAUCCCUCCUUGGCAUUGCCUCCGAGUCGCAGGUCGCCUCCAAACGAUAUACGUCCAAUUGCUGGAGUCUACCCAGCCAUGAAUAUGGUGAUGCCAGCAUCACGACAGUUCACACCACGACCUCAGCAUAGCGGCGGAUACAAGGGCAACAAGGCGCCAAGAUAAAAAGCUUGCUAAUAUUCCGUAACUCAUCAAAUAUGGAUAAUGAAAAUCUAAGCAACAAGUAUAGAAUACGAAUACUAAAACAGAAAAAAAUCGCACUAUUUAAGGAACGCUAAUCACAAUGGAUGGAUUAGAAUCACUUAUAGAACACAACCAUAGACAAAGACGAAAACACACGCGUAUCUGUGGCCAAGACCAUUUCCCGUCCGACAACACGUCACCAAAGCGGAUGGAGAACGAUAAGUCGUUUUUUAAAAUCGGAAAGCCCUAAGAAAUGGUCGCCGCGGUAAGAAGAAGAGGAAGGAGGGUCUAGCGAGAACAAAAACGAUCGCCCGUGAAGAGAAAAUGCCAUUUAUUUUAUUACCGAUAAAAAUUAUUAAUAUAUACAUAUAUAUGAUUAUGAUUACCACAUUACAUAACAGUGAAAGCAACACUAGAGAAAAAAUAAUAAAAAUAUGAUACCAGUUAAUAACUGAUAGAAACCUAAAACUUAAAGCAACAAAAAAAAAUCAGAGUGAAUAAAAUGACAAAACAAAACAUAAAAACGUAAGUAAACGCUCUACCAGUGAUUCAAUCAACGCUAUGCGAAUUAUUUCUAAAAUAAUUUUUAAACGCGGGAUGAAGACGAAAAGAAGACAACGCGAAAAGCAAAAUAGCACAAAAACUCCUGAAACAGUGAUCAACAAACAAAAAAACAGAAAGUAAGUAAAAGCAAGAAGCGAGGAUUGUUGAAUAGGUGGAUAAGAUGUGUUCAGAAAAGAGCGGAGAAAGCGCUGGAAGUAAAACUGCCGCCCACACUACUCUUUUUAAAAUUAUCAAACUGCUCGCAGAAACUGUUGAGCGCCCAGGACUGCGACAUCCUAGUUUGCCAACAUGCCGAAACGGUCACGAAGAAACGGAAUGAGCCAAGCCAGAAUCAGUAGCUAGUGAAUCGCACACACACACUCACAGAGGCGGAACUUGUAUCGUAAACUAUCAAACUAAUUACAAAAUAUUACUUAUAUAAAAUACCAUUUCAUUAGAGCAUGACACAGAACCCAAAAUCAAGCCGUUUACAGAAAAAUGUAUAUGAAAAUUUAUUUAUAUAACAAAUGCAAGCAAGAGUGCGACGCAUAAAUAUAACAGAACAUAGUAGCGAAAAACUAACGAUUAUUUAUCCAUAAAACCAACUGAAAUGUGCUGAAACAAAAAAAAACAACAUCGUAGUGUAGUAGAGAAGACAGAAAAGCGAAACCAUGAGAAAAUAUACGUUAAAUUGUUAAAACAACUCGGCGGCGGCGCAUCUUAUAGUGAGGGAUACGGAUGAUAUUUCAAGCAUUUUAAAAGAACGCAUAGAACUACAUACCAAGCGGCUAAGACAAACGAAUUAAUCCACACAUUUCUUCCUUUUUAUCGGUGAUAUUUGCCUAGUGGUGAGCAAAAAAAAA